GAGCCCCACACGCCAAAUGCACCAAUCACCGACUCAGCCGGUCCGGCUGGCGGGACUCGGAGCUGGAGCCAGUCGACGAGGCUGCGCCGAUUGGCCGACUCACUCGGCCUCGAUUUUGCUUCCGCUCUCGGCCGCGCCUCUCCGCGAGAUGACACUUUUGCCGCAAAAUUGCUGCUUGAUCUGGUACAUCCAGAAUCUCUGUCUCUCUCUUCGAUGUUGAUGCCUCAUCUGGUCCUCAUCGCCUGGCAUCAACAGGAAUCGGGAAGCCGGUCGUGUGACCAUGUUAGAGGUACAGGAAACGGAAGUCAUUCACGUAAAGUCAGCCGUCAAGAAUACCAAAAAGUUUUGAUGUCUGGCCCGAAUAGUUAA